AUGUCCCUCACUCGCACAUUCCCCGCAUCACCUGUCCUAAGUUGUGCGUACACUCUCAUUCCACUCUGCGCCUCUCCUCCCAUUCGCAACUUGUCGCAUUUACACUCUGCUCCUCUCCUCACGUGCGCGUACAAUAUCGUUCCCCACUGUUUCCCUUCUCCCGUGCUCAUUCUCUCUCGUUCUCCUCUGCUCCUCUCCUCCCGUGCGCGUACAAUCUCGUUCCCCUCUGUUUCCCUUCUCCCGUGCUCAUUCUCUCUCGUUCUCCUCUGCUCCUCUCCUCACGUGCGCGUACAAUCUCGUUCUCCCCUGCUCCUCUCCUCCCCUGCGCGUACAAUCUCGUUCCCCUCUGUUUCCCUUCUCCCGUGCUCAUUCUCUCUCGUUCUCCUCUGCUCCUCUCCUCACGUGCGCGUACAAUCUCGUUCUCCCCUGCUCCUCUCCUCCCCUGCGCGUACAAUCUCGUUCCCCUCUGUUUCCCUUCUCCCGUGCUCAUUCUCUCUCGUUCUCCUCUGCUCCUCUCCUCACGUGCGCGUACAAUCUCGUUCUCCCCUGCUCAUCUCCUCCCCUGCGCGUACAAUCUCGUUCCCCUCUGUUUCCCUUCUCCCGUGCCCAUUCCCUCUCGUUCUCCUCUGCUCCUCUCCUCACGUGCGCGUACAAUCUCGUUCUCCCCUGCUCCUCUCCUCCCCUGCGCGUACAAUCUCGUUCCCCUCUGUUUCCCUUCUCCCGUGCUCAUUCUCUCUCGUUCUCCUCUGCUCCUCUCCUCACGUGCGCGUACAAUCUCGUUCUCCCCUGCUCCUCUCCUCCCCUGCGCGUACAAUCUCGUUCCCCUCUGUUUCCCUUCUCCCGUGCUCAUUCUCUCUCGUUCUCCUCUGCUCCUCUCCUCACGUGCGCGUACAAUCUCGUUCCCCUCUGCUCCUCUCCUCCCCUGCGCGUACAAUCUCGUAUUCCCUACUGCUACCCUCUCAUUCCCCUCAGUUUAUUGUAUUCCCUACUGCUACCCUCUCAUUCCCCUCUGUUUCCCGUAUUCCCUAUUGCAACCCCCUCAUUCCCCUCUGUGUCUUGUAUUCCCUACUGCUACACCCUCAUUCCCCUGUGUUUCUUGUAUUCCUUACUGCUACCCCCUCAUUCCCCUCUGUUGCAAGUACUCCCUACUGCUACACCCUCAUUCCCCUCUGUUUCUAG